GGCCGUUGAGGCAUCCAGCAGUUGGUAGUGAGAGGAGGUCCGAGGCAGCAGCGACUCCGCUCCGCUCACAUAUUUCCGACUCCAUGUGAGAUCAACUCAGACCUACAUGCGACAGAAAGCAUGCUGCUCGGGCGCCCGACGUGUUCCCGAAGCGGCUUCUGAGUCACCCGGCUUUCGUUUUGGAGGAUUCCUCCCUCCAUCUCCUGGAUCGCACCGAACAGGCAAUGACAACGGUCUCAGCAACCCCGCAGCAGAUGAAGGACCGGCUGCUGCAGGCCAUUGACAGUCAGAGCAAUAUAUGCAACAUGGUGGUUGUAUUGGAAGUGAUCGCUUGUCUUGAGAAGUAUCCGAUUACCAAAGAAGCACUUGAGGAAACUCGACUUGGAAAACUGAUUAAUGAUGUAAGGAGGAAAACCAAGGAUGAAGACCUUGCAAGGCGUGCAAAGAAACUCCUGAGAAACUGGCAAAAACUGAUUGAACCUGGGCCGGCUGUUUCAGCAAGUGUCCCGGGGUCUACCAAUGGCAGUUCCCAUCCCUGCAAAACCGAUCCCUCUCCCCCUGACAUUUCUGUAUCGGGGAAAGCGGUCACAGAAGUCACAAUCCGAAGUGAUGCUCACAACACAUACUCGCCUAAGGCUGAGAAGUCAAGUAACCGCAAGCGGCGGGCAGAGCACAGAGACAGUGGCGUGUACGUAACAGAAAAAAUCUCCAGGUUGUCGGCGUUUGAUGACUCUGUUUCUCCGCCACCCACCAACGGGACUGCUGGUGGUGCCGAUGCGUUGGCCGACCAGGAGGUCGUUCCUUCUCCUGACAGGCCUCGGACAGACCACCUUGAAAAUGACAAAGGAAACAGAAUUCCAGUUAAUGCUGUCAAGCCCCGUCCCAGCUCCCCUGGCAUGGCCAAAGCACCUAGCACUUCCUCGUUGAUUAAAGUUGCUGUGAUGCAACAGCAAGCUAAACUGGAAGAAGGGGGCGGGGGCUAUUACCCAGCGAGGAGUCCCCGCAGUCUCACUUCCAGUCCCAGGAGCCUAAAGCAAGACCCCGUUUCUAAGCGUUCAGCGUACGUAGCAAAGGGAACGCCGGUCCCCAGCCCAUCUUCUAGAGACUCCCCCCUGUUCUUCUCCCAGCCUCUGUCCUCCCCAGUACCGGUGUCUCACAGUGAAAAACUUUCUUCUCUUCGGUCUUCAGUGCCCUCUGCUAAUUCAUCAGAGGUAUUCUCUCAUUGCCCUCCCCAAGAUCUAUCUGCAACACUGGAUUCCCCCUCCCCCCCGCCUCCCCCGCAGAACUCAGAGGUCCACAGGUUGGUGGUUGAAAGAAGCUUAAGUGUGUCUGAUGACCCUGAUGGGCCAGUCCUUAACUCUGAGCAUAAAAGGAGGAAGUACAGGCCUAGAGACUACUCCGUUAACUUGGAUGGCCUGAAACUAGAGGACACGACUAAACCUGUGCGGUUAAAAGAACGCAGACUGACAUUUGACCCGGUCACUGGUCAGAUCAAACCUCUGGUGCAUAAAGAACUUUCUCCAACAGAGGACCCCCCCACUCCGGACCUGGGAGAGUCCAGGCAGAGAACUGAAGUCGUUGUCCAACAGCCCCCUUGUGCAGCCCCCGCCCCAGGUCCCAGCUCAAACCCCUUCCACCAGACCAACUGGAAGGAGCUGACUAGAAAUGAAAUAAUCCAAUCCUACUUGAACCUUCAGAGCAACGUGCUCACCUCCUCGGGGGUCCAGGCCCCUAGCGCACACUUCUUCAUGUCAGAAUAUCUAAAAAGGGAAGAAAGGGAGACUAAAGACUCAAAUAAAACACACGUUUUGCAGACGGACCAUUUAACAGGAGAUUUACCAGGUGUGAGUCGGGAGGUGACGGAUGAGGACCUGGACAGAAUACACACACAGACCUGGCAGGGGGUGAACGGUUGUUACGACACCAAGGGAGCCUGGUAUGAUUGGACAGCGUGUAUAUCACUGGACCCUCAUGGAGACGAAAGCAGACUGAACAUCCUGCCAUAUGUGUGCCUGGACUGAGGGCUUUAGAACGGCUGCUGGUUCUUUUUCACCUUUUGUCUCGAUGGAGACGAGAUCCUUUGUGAUUUUGUUUGUCUGCUGCGAGUUUGGUACGAGCCCAGGCCGCUCGACUCCCGUCGCCACAGCUCCGCCUGUGAGAGUGUUGAGACUUUGGUAUGAAACCUAAAGAGUUAAGUUUUAACAUCAAGGGCUGUUUGAGUUUCAGUUUAAACCAAAUGAACCACUGGUAGUGAUGAAGACGUUAAGAGGACUUGGGCUGGACUAAGCUAGGCUUGCUGGUCUUGUCCAGCCCAGUGUGUCCAGGAGCGCUGGAGCACAUGAGCUGCAACAAGAGGCCUCAUCUGGACUGAAGGGUGCAUUUCUUAUCUAAACAUCUAUUUAGUUCAUUUAUGGGAUGUUUUUCUUCUCCCAUCUAAUCCUCGGUGACUGAUGCAGGCAUAGCCGCACCUCUGGGUUGGUUUGAUGGUUCUGGCCCGUGGACACACACAUCUCGUGUCCAUCAGAAACCGUCAGGUGGGCGGGAUUAAAGCAGGAUCCUCAGAAGCUCUUUAACAGACUUUCAUUUGGAGUUUAACGGCCUUUAUGUGAAUGUAGACGUGUCUCAGUCACGCGCCCAAAGUCGCCCCGUUUCCUGUUUAAACCGCCGACAUAAAAAGUCAGAGGUGGAGAACAUUUCGGCCCUUCCUUGUGUGAUGAGUGACCUUCUAAAUUUUAUUUCUAUUUAAAAGAAGCCAUCAUAAAUCAUUAUCUGACCAGUUAAAUGAAGGUUGGCCUCUGCAGCUGCGGUCCUUGUUCUCAUCCCUACCAUUGUGCCUUGGUAAACGUUAGGUCUGGAAGUGUUUCCACAACACAAGCCUGUGUAGACGUCGGUGAGAACAUCCACACCUGUGAUGGUCGUGACUCUGGUAUACGCACCGUUUUCUGCUGAUCGGAGGAGAAGCGGCUCUGCAGACAAACUGCACAACACAGCUGGCAAUAAAGGACAUGCUACAACUGAUGAAUAGUUUUUCUUGAGUUUCAACUGGGUCUUUAUUUGUUCAGUGUUUAACAUCUAAAUUGUUUGAAAAAUAAAAUGAUUUAAAUCUUUUUUCUGCCA